AUGCGUUUUUCCUAUUGUGUUUGCCUUUUCAUUCUGAUCAACGCCGCUGCGUGUGCUUAUGAUUCGCUCUCUAUCUCUGGAAGGAUCAAGAGUCUCAAGCCAAGUAGGCUAUUGAAGAUAUUCAAUGACGUCAAGUAUGAGGCUUAUGAGGUGGAAGACUUGGAAGGAAUUUCUAUAAGCAAAUUAAGAAAGUACGGCAUUGCUAGAAUCCUUUCCACAAACUCAAUUAUUGUUAGUGAGUCGCUUGCUGAGAACGUUCUUGAUCCAUUCAACUUGAGCCUCGAUGGAAUCUUCAAAAAGGGGAAAUCUGCUUUAUUGAAUGAUUUUUAUGAGAUUUCAUAUCAAGAUAUGGCUACGACUUCUUCGUAUUCUCCUUGGAAGCCGAUUGAUGAUUGUGUAUCUACUAAGCGAUCAAAUGGACCUGUUACUGUUACUCGUGGCUGGUCAACAUCCAUUGGAACUGGUGUCACUACGACGCUUAAAUUAGCUACUAUGUUUGGCGUCACACCCUCUUUCAGUACAGACUACUUUGGUGUCGUGGGUGUAUCAGGAGCUAUCACCUGUACUGCUGAACUGGGUAAAAUGUUGCAAUUCGUUGUGAGAAACCAGAUCUUCAAUAUCUCUGGGAUUAAGAAAAGAAAAGUCAACAUAAAGGAAAUUAGGGGAAGGUGGGGUCAGGGUGUUUCAGAGCUUGACUACAGUGAUGAUGGUUGGGAGGAAGAGCCUGUGUACAGCAUCAUCAAUUCAAGAAACAUUCAGACGUAUUGUAUCACCGACCCCAAGUAUCAGACUUGUUAA